CUUAAUAUUUUAUAAUUACACAAUAUGUCCUAAAGGUCUCCAUACAUACAGGACUUUAAAACUUUUUGGCAAAAUGUCUUCUAAAAGUUUUCAUACUAAUAUUUUAUUUGUGGAUAUUUUUUAGAUCUCCUUUAAGAAUGCUUAUGACAAAAGAAUAAAGUAUUGAAAUUGUUUUCGUGGCUGGAAGUGGAGGCUGUUGCAAGGUUGCAAUGAACCGAUGUGUUAACACAAAUACAUUUUAAGCGGUAGAGAUGAUUCUAUGUGCAUUUACAAAGAAAUGUCAAUCAUGUAGAGGAUGUUUUGUAAGUAAAGUUACAUUUCCUCAAUUUAUGGUGACUUAGAGGACGCAAUAUAGAUCAGCCAUUUACAGUAGAUAAGAAUGCUUUUGAGCACAUCAUCAAAUAAUACCCUGGUAAACACUCAGAAUCAUAUAUAUGCAGCAGCAAAGGAUGUUGGUAAAUGUUGGUAUCAUGUGCAGUGAUGUUAACAGUGAAAUAUGAUGCUCUUGUACACAAACUAGUGAACCAGGAUUUUAUAUAUGAUAUAUAAAUGCAACACAGAACACUGGUAGUUAGUCACAAUUAUAUCUUGACCUGCAAUCUUAGUACUCCAAUGCUUUUCCUAUAAGUUGUGACCUCAACUUUAAUUACAUUAAAUAUAACUAAUAGGUAAUCUAUAUACAGCAUAUCCAAGGUCACCACUGAUGGUACUGAUUUUUGUAUUUAUUUCCACAGAUGUAGACUAGGGACUACAUCAGUUUAGUAGGCUGGACGAUAUCCUGAUAGAGGAAGAGCACGAUAUCCUUAAGUGCUCUUCCUCUACAGACAGCAUAUUUUGAAGACUUAAGGGCAUAUACACAGACUUCAGGUAAACCGACAGUUCAUACUGUAACAGACAUGAAUAAUACAAAAUACAUAUGUCCCCUUUAUACCUAUGGCAAAGAAGGUAAAGAAAACAAAACGGUUUCUACAAGUGCAUCACUCUUUUCUAUAACCUUGCACUAAUUAUAUGCUACACCUUUGGGAAUAUCUGCAAUAAAUAUUAUGUGCAAUAACCAGAAUGUGCAAGAAUACAGAAUGAGGAAUAACUAAACUCUUGCAUGCAAAUAGAAGGUGAACCUGAAGAGGGCAGGAGCUAAAUGAUUGUCUUCUGUUGCAUGACGUGAAGUGUGUAUAUGUACAUAUAUAUAGCUACACAACAGUUUAGUUUAGGGAUCGCUGCAGUCUUAUAACACCAGCACAGGGAACCCUGAAAGAUUACAUUGCAGUGUUGCUGUUGGACUUUGACUCAGCCUGCAUCAUGAUGCUCCUGCAGCUCACAUUAUUCACCUUACUUAUGGCCGCUCUGGACCUUCACGUGUCUGGAGAGAAAGAAGUUACCUGUACUUCCCGGAACCACACUUGUCCAAGAGUUGUUGCCUGUGAUGGUGGUACUGCUGUGCUGAACUGCGGUCAUCGUCAUAUAAGGAUCAUCACCGCGUUCUACGGCCGACUCGAUUCCAUCACUUGUGCUGCAGGACGACCUGCCAAUCAAAUCUGUAACAGACAUUGCUCCUUGCCCAGUGCACAAUACAUUGUUUCAUCUAGAUGUAAUGGAAGGUGCUACUGUCACGUGCCGGUUCAAACGUGUGUCUUGCCUGAUCCCUGCUAUGGCACCUAUAAGUACCUGUCAAUUUCUUACUACUGUGCCUAAUAACUCGAGGGAUUCCAGCUUUCUUCCCAGGGGCCUCACUUCAGUCUAAAAAGGAAUCAGACCAAAUGCAUUUGUUAGCUUAAUGAGUUGUGGUGUUAAUGCACUUUAAAUUAGCACGCUACUGUAUAAUCAACUCCUGUAAUCAUUUUUGUAUCUUGUUUAUUUGCAUUUACAUGUAAUCAGUUCCUCCUAAAUAAAUUCACUUUAGUAAUAAUGCUUUAAAACUAUCCAUUAAAUGCAAGCAUAAUAGU